ACAUGUACAGAAUGCCCAAAACGUAUAAUAAAAUCUGAUAUUAUCCUUUAUUCAUUUUUAGUUUCUAACUUUUAGUUUUCUUUUCGAUGUCACACUGACAGCUUUCAACGACUUUUUAGCUUUUUAGUUUUCACGGACAAAAAUACAAAAUGGAUUGGAUUUGUUCAUUGAUGACCUAAAUGGCCUUAUCUUAAUGGCUAAUAUUGUCCUAGACUAAUGCACUAUAUACAAUAUAGUAUAUUGAAUAUGUUAUACCUACAUAUAUGUUUUGACUACAACUGGUUAGUGUAGUUCUAUAUAGUACUUUCGUCCACCACCGAAGACGUCGUAAUUCGAUCUCCGCGAUAGGUCUAUGGUUGAGACUUGAGACUGUUAACAGUUUAGAGUGUUUAGACUGCUCACUGAUUGGACUGGUUCUGUAAUCAGGUUACCGAGUACCGACUCUCAUUUCAUUGUCUAAUGUCUACCGUCGACCGCCAAUCGAAUAUUACAAUAAUUAUUCAUUAUACCUUAUAUUCAUAUGAAUUAUAAACGGUAUCAUCACGCAAUUCGAGAAGUACGGGAAUGACACAUUGACACAUUUAUACAUUAUUAAUAUUUAAUAGUGAAUACUGACAACUCAUAAUGUGUAUUGAUUGUGCAGCGGUUUCUAAUAAUAUACUAUAGACAUAUAAAUAUAACUAUAUAUAUAGUACAUAUACCAAAUUUGAAAUCAGUUUUCACCAAUCACGAUGGACGAAAUUCAAACGUGGUGGGAGAUACCGAGCAUUGCACAUUUUUGUAAGGUUUUCACCCUUAUCACUAAAGAUGUCAGUCGAAUAGACAUAAAUGAACUUGAAAAUGCAAUUGAAGAAAAUUCAUAUUUGUUGACUGAUAUGGCUAUUCGAUUUACCAAAAUUUGUGGUUUUUAUGAUCCAAACACAAAUGAAUGGUGGAAUUUUAUGAAAAAAAAAUUUGCGAGUAAAUGCAGUAUUUACAACUUCAAAUAUUCACUAGAUACAGCAACAUAUUUUGAUGAUUUAACACGUAAACAAAAAGUUGAAGCUCUUUACAUAUUUUGUAAUCUUAUUCUUGAUGUUAAACAUAUUCAAAAUAAAAUCUCCAAAAAUCCUAAAAUAUGGCACAUGUUAAACGUGAAACCAUUAGGUUCUGACCAAAAUAAAUCAGUGUAUUGGUAUUUUGGUAGCAGUAAAUUAUAUAGAGAAGACUUUGAGAACUCAUUUGAUCUAUCUACUAACUUACCAGUAAAUCAUAAUAUCCACGGAAAAAUUCCUUAUGAACCUUAUCCGUCAGGAGUUUUUGGCUCAGGAAAAUGGAAUACAAUAUGUAAUAAUAUUGACAACUGGAAUUCAUUGGCUGAUAUUACUGAAUACAGUAAAAAUAUAAAUGUUAGAUAUUUACAUAAAGAAAUAUCUAAUAUUAUAAUAAAUCUUCCUAAAGUAAAGAAAAAAAAAUCCCUUUAUGUAUACAUAAAGCCUAAUAGGCCUUUAAGAAGUAUUUGUUCAAGAACUCUUCGAUCUAUGGGUGUAAUGGAUGCUGAAAAAAAAUUGAUUCCAAAUUCUAGUGUUAUUCAGCACAAACAAUACCCACAAAAUAAUAUAGAAAAUGAAACCAAACAUAGAUAUGAUUCAACAGUUUCUCAAAGAAAUAAAAUGUCUAAUCUAAAUAUACAUGACCAAAGCCAAAAUAUUUCAUACUCUACAAAUGUGUGUAACAAUGAUAUUAUUCAAGUAGGAAAAUUAAACAAUCAAACAACAUUAAAAUUGCGGUUAAGAAGUGGUAAUGAAAAAGUGCUAGGUAAAUGUGUAAAAAAAAAUUCAGAGUAUGAGGAUGUAUUUUGUGUAAACACUGAAUACUGUGAUCAAGAAAAUAAUCAUUAUUUAAAUAACUUUAAACGUAAAUUACGAUCCUCAACAAAUGGAACUAAAACACCACCAUUCAAAGAUUUAAAUUAUUACUCUCUUUAAAAAUAAUUUAUUAUUAUUAUAUAGUUUUAUGCUUAUCAAAUUUAAUAGUGAAAUAGGAAAUACUUUAUUUUAUGUGUUGUAUUUAUUAUUAUAGUUAGUAUUAGUAUUGAUUUCUUUUACUGAAUACUUGUUUAAAUAUUUAAACUAUUGUCUGUAUGCAUAGUCAAUUUGUGUAUCACAUAAAUUGACUAUGCGUACGGAAAUAUGAUAAAUAAGUUUUGCUUUAUUUUUACAUGUAUGAUAUAUUAAAAUUAAGUUAUAUAUUAAUGUAUUCUUUGUUUGCCUGAUAAAUAAAUAAAAUACUUAGCAUUAAAACAUUUACUGUAGUCUC